UCAAGUCAUUGUUGAUUUGUCAACAGCAGAAGACACAGACAGGGUGGGCUGUAACGCUGCAGGCUUGUACGAGAACCCGGUGUACGCGGCGGGUGCGUUACCACAUGACGGCGGAGCAGAGGACACAGACAGGGUGGGCUGUAACGCUGCAGGCCUGUACGAGAACCCGGUGUACGCGGCGGGUGCGUUACCACAAGACGGCGGAGGUUUUGACACAUGAUGUCGAAAAGACAAGAUUUGACCAGCUUCAGGAGACAUCAAAGCAACACCCUUCAGUGACUCACGAAGGAGAGUGCUACCAAAGUCUGGGUUGCUGGAAGGAGAGACCCAACCGCGCCAUUCCAUCCCUUGAGGGAACAGAUCCACGCUUGGAUGACAGCUAUGGAGCACGGAGUAACCCUGUCGAGAAGUGUUACCAGGUAGCACAUUCUCGUGGGUUUACCGUGUUUGCUGUGCAGAAUGGCGGACAGUGUUUCGGGUCUGCUAAUGGCCACAACACUUUCUUCAAGUACGGACGUUCCUCUGCCUGUGGAGUGGACGGGGAAGGCGGGCCUUGGGCAAAUGAUGUCUACCUGAUUGGAGUCAAUGUUGCCCUGGGAAAGCCAGCGUUCCAAACAAGCCAGUAUAAGCCUACCGAUCCCGCCGAUGGGGCUGCCAGUCUUGCCGUAGACGGGAACACCGAUACCAACUACCAUCAUGGUUCCUGUACACACACUGUAGACUCACCGGGAGAGACUAACCCGAGCUGGUGGGUGGAUCUUGGCCAAUCCUAUGUGAUUGACAGGGUACUCAUCUUCAACCGCCAAGACACUCGUCCGGAAAGAAUCAACCCCUUCAACAUCCACAUCGGGGAUUCCGACCAGGUCAGCGCGAAUCCCAAGUGUGGAGGUUAUCAUCAAAUGAACCUGAACCAGCCGUCCAUUUCCGUCUCCUGUCAGGGGAUGAAGGGUCGCUACGUGGGCGUCCGUCUUCCCGGACCCUCCCGAAUACUGACCCUGUGCGAAGUCCGAGUAUUUUUGGGUCGUUGUGCCCCAAUGUUACUCGACAAUUCUGCACCAAGCCUCUACAAAAUGUCAUCAGAAUUGGUAUGUCGGAUGGGAGAUGGAGCAUCCUACCGAGGAACAGUCUUUAUGACUGAGACAGGUAAGACCUGUCAGCGCUGGGACAGUCAGACACCACAUGAACACGAGUACACUACUGCAAAAUUUCCUUCAUCCGGGCUGGAAGAGAACUAUUGCCGGAAGACUGAAGACUGGACCGAAGUUUGGUGCUUCACCACGGAUCCCAGCACGAGAUAUGAGAUUUGUGACGUACCAGUGUGUGUUGUCGGACACAGGCGACAUGGUUGCAAGGAUGGCUACAUACGACUCGGGCAGCACUGCAUCCGUCUGGUUCCCAUCCUUAAGUCAUUUGUGGACGCACAGCAGGCCUGUAUGGCGGAUGGGGCGACCUUGGCCAUGCCUAAAACAAAAGAACUGGACCUCGCUCUGAGACGCCUGGUCAAAACAUCCGGAGGCAGCAACGAUCACUGGAUUGGCAUGAAGAGGGUUGUCGACCUCGACUGGACAUGGGUGGACGGGACACUUCUGGGACACUACCGGGUAUGGAACCCCGGACGCAAGGAAUCCAACAGCGGAAGGAAACCACCGAUUGUUAUCAAGUUUGUGUCCUACAACACCCGUAAUAAAAUCUUCACGGCCAAGUCUAAGCUGAAGGGAUCGGGCAUGUACAUCACCGAUCACCUUACACGCGAGAAUGCCCAGUUACUCCGAGAGACACGGGCGAAGCUGGGGACGGCCUGGUCCUUCGACGGCCGGAUCUUCUGCCUCGUCAACGGUGUGAAGAAGAAGAUUAGCUGUCUUGAGGACCUAAACUCCACCACCUCAACUUCCUCAGCAGGACGCAAGGAAUCCAACAGCGGAAGGAAACCACCGAUUGUUAUCAAGUUUGUGUCCUACAACACCCGUAAUAAAAUCUUCACGGCCAAGUCUAAGCUGAAGGGAUCGGGCAUGUACAUCACCGAUCACCUUACACGCGAGAAUGCCCAGUUACUCCGAGAGACACGGGCGAAGCUGGGGACGGCCUGGUCCUUCGACGGCCGGAUCUUCUGCCUCGUCAACGGUGUGAAGAAGAAGAUUAGCUGUCUUGAGGACCUAAACUCCACCACCUCAACUUCCUCAGCAGGCGAGACAUAA